AUGGAUAUGAAAUUAAAAGUUAUACUUACUGUACUACUUGUGUUGAAAAUUUCACAAGUAUAUACACAAGGGGCAGGUGAUUGGGCAGGGGACGAUUAUUAUGAUGGCGAUGAUUCUGCUGGUGACCAAACAACUGAUCCUACAUGUGGUGGUAACUGUGAUACUAGUAAAAAUUGUCCUUCCUGCCCAUGUGGCUCAAAUGCAAACAACCAAGAUCCGACCGAAUGGUGCAAGAAGUUCAAUAAAUGGAAUCAAGCUUGUUGCGUAUGUAUUGUUACCCACGAAUCAAAUGGCAAUGCAAAUGCAAUGAAUUGGAAUAAACCUAGGCUUAGAAAGGGUAAGAUUGUGAAGAAUGGUACAUUUGACAUUGGCUUAUGGCAAAUUAAUCAGAUCCAUUUCGAUUCAUGUAACAACGGCCAUAUACCGUGUGAUGUUACACAAAACUUGAACUGUGCUAUAGAGGUGUGGAAAGGCCAUAAAAGUUUUAAGCCAUGGGCAACCUACAAAAUAUGUCAUAAUCUGAAACAAUGCUGAUGAACUCAAGAUGAUAUCAAUAAGCACGUCGGACUCAUUCAUACUCACUUUUUAUCACUACUCUUUUGUUUCUUUUAACAAAUUAUUUAACCAUGCUGAAAUAAAAACUUCUAUCGUAUCAUAAUUUCGAAACUUGAGGUUGGGCUCAUCGCUUUAUACUUCUUCAGUUUUUUGUUCACGUAGAAUGUAUUCUGAACAGAUUACCCUAGGAGAAAUAGAAUGUACAGAAAAGUAGCACAAGUGCAUCUCAUAUAGUAACUUCUGGUCUGUCAUUUAUACUAUGUCACUACGCUAGUUCAUCUCACUUUUUAAAUAUUUUUUCCUAUAUUUUGUGACAGUUUUUGUUUGGAAAACUGAUUGAUCCUCUGUUGGAGAAAAAGAAUAGUGAGAUGUCACAUCAAUUCGAUUGCAGCUCCGCCCGGAGAGUUGGAAUAUACGUGGGCUGUUCAAAAAGUUCUCAGACUGAUUUUGUUUAAAAACAACAAGAAGCGCUGUUAUAUUAGUAUUCUUACCUAUGCUUAGUUCAUGCAAUUCUUUGUCUAUAGAAAUGAUAAGCACUGCGGCAUGAAACAUAUAUAUGAAAGCAUAGAAAUACAUUUUAGACUGCUCUUUAGACGCUGACAUAAAAUAUAAAACUUGAGCAAAGUUGUAUGUUUUGAUAGAACAGCUGUAUUCAAAAUUUGUGCAUAUAUGGUGACAGUUUACAGUAAUAAUGCUCUAUUAUAUAGUACGGUAUUUGAAUGAGUUUGUCGUUCUCAAUGCGAAUAAGAAAACUAUUGAUGAUUGUUUCAUAUAUGGUCAACACGUCAAUGAUAUUUGGUUAGAGCAUGUGACCUUCUCGUGAACUGACUUUAAUCACAUUUGAUUGACCAUGUGAAAUACUUUGCACGGUACGUUUGAAAUGUGAACAGUGUUCGGUGUUCACCCAGUUGAGACUCGACUGUCUUGAAUCCCCAGGAUUCCAACAGCUUUAAUAGUUAUGCCAUUUACAUCCAAAAUUGUUAUCAAAGCAUAAUAAUCCAUCUGGAAAAUGACAAUCACAUUCAAAAGCUGUAGUGGCCGAUAGAGAAUCGACCAACAUAAGCUGUCCUCGCACAUCCGUACCUAUUAAAUGGGAUAUGGUCUCAUACACUGAAAAAAAUAAAGGUACCAUACGAAACCUUUAUGGUUCGGUGGUACUUUACUGUAUCUCUAAAGGUACGAUAUGGACCCGCGAAACCUUUUGUAGGUUUAGCACUGGAAAAAGUUCUGUGUGAUCCUUUUAUGAGGUUUUGAAAAAGAAGAGGUUUCGUGCCAUACUUUUUGUGGAAGUUGAAAUUGAACAAAGUUUCGUAUAAAACUCUCUAAUGUUUCGUAUCAUAUCUUCUUAUAGCUCCCUACAACUAAAAAGUUAAAACUUUUUUUCUUUUAGAUCCUCCAUCGGAAUCCUCUCUGAUGUGGCCUUAUUCUUAAAACUAUCACUUUCAUUU